UCCUCCCUCUCUACCCAGGAAGUCGUCGUGUUACUUUUUCCUCCUCCUCCUCCUCCUCCUCCUCUCCUUCCAGUCUUGGGAGAAACAAGAGAAACUAAAGGGGUGUUAAGUUGCUUUUUGUAGCAAGAGAACAGCUUCCUCGAGUCUCCGGUCGGUCAACUUUUACCGGUUGUCAUCGAACGAAAUGGCCCCAAAGAGAAGAAGACGCUCAAAGGAUGGAAGGGGAUAUUGAAAGGAUAUUGAAACUUCACACCAAGAUGAGUCCUGUCCUUCCUCGUAUUCCGUCCAUCUUCACCCUGAUCGACACUGUAUUGUGUCCUUAUAACUUUAGUAACUUCACAACAAAGUGUGACUCCAGAUCUCUUACUAUGUGCUUGUGAUGAUACACAGGCUGCCCGUCCCGUAUCCCAUUCCUGUUGUCUGUAAAACACUUUCUAUUCACACACCCUGUCCUCCUGUAACCAACCUCCCUCCCUCUGAGUUUCUGGGCCAUGCUCCGCAAGAGAGGCUCUGUCGUUCUUUGUGGCGCAUUCCUGUUUAUCACCUGGAACGCCAUACUGGUGCUUCUGCUGUGGGGCAGACCGCCGCCCACCGAGCCGGGCGAGCAUGACCCAGAGAAGAAAGAAGUGCCUGAAAGGCCCACUAAUGAUAUGGUGGGAGAUGUGCUCCGAAUGGCAGACACGUUCGGGGAAGAGCUUGAAGAGCAGAGGAAAAUCCUGCUGCAGAUCAAGAAUCAGCGAGCACUGUGGGAGCCGUCAAACAAAAAGGGACAGAAGGUCGACGUCCCGCAUCAGCCUGUCAUUCCUAUCCUGGUAAUCGCCUGCAACAGGGUCACUGUGAGGCGCUGCUUGGACAAACUCCUGGAGCUCCGUCCUUCAGCGGAGCUUUUCCCGAUCAUAGUGAGUCAGGACUGUGGACACGCCGAAACUGCUGAGGUGAUCCGUUCUUAUGGAAAUCAAGUAGUUCAUCUGAAACAGCCGGACUUGUCAAAUGUCGCUGUGCGACCAGAGCACAAGAAGUUUCAGGGUUACUACAAAAUCUCCAGGCAUUACCGCUGGGCUCUCAACCAAGUGUUCAAGACCCUGUCUCAUUCCUCUGCUGUGAUUGUGGAGGAUGAUCUCGAGGUGGCGCCAGACUUCUUUGAGUACUUCCGAGCCUUGCAGCCACUCCUGAAAUCCGACCCCAGUCUGUGGUGUGUGUCGGCCUGGAAUGACAAUGGCAGGGACGGCUACGUGAAUCCUGGCAAGGCCGACCUGCUCUACAGGACCGACUUCUUUCCAGGCCUGGGGUGGAUGCUCCUCAAGGAGGUAUGGGAGGAGCUGGAGCCCAAGUGGCCUGCUUCAUUCUGGGAUGACUGGAUGCGCCAGCCAGAGCAGCGCCGCAACCGUGCCUGUAUACGUCCAGAGAUCUCGCGCACUUUAACCUUUGGCCGGAAAGGAGUGAGUCUGGGUCAAUUCUAUGACAAGUACCUGCGUUACAUUAAACUGAAUACCGAGUUUGUGCCUUUCACCAAGUUAGACCUGAGUUACUUGAAGGAGGAGACGUACAGAGAACAGUUUGAGAAGGAAGUUUACAGCGCUCCCUUGGUUACAUAUGAAGAUGUUAAGCAAGGGCAGCUGAAAGGAACUGGGCCCUUCCGCCUUCAAUAUACUAGAAAGGAUAGUUUCAAAGUGCUGGCCAAAAACCUGGGAAUCAUGGAGGACUUGAAGUCUGGAGUCCCAAGGACAGGAUACAGAGGGGUUGUCAGUUUCAUCUCAAGAGGACGGAGAAUCUACUUGGCCCCUCCUCCAGGAUGGACCAAGUACGAUCCCACCUGGAGCUGAUAAUCCAGAAGAAAGUUUAUGUGCAUUAGCCUUUUUGUAAUCUCUGAAUGUCAGCUGGGGAAAGUAUUUCAGACCAAAGACUCAUGUCCUUAAAGUGUAUCUUUGAUUGAAUGAUAUGUACUUUAGAUUAUUGCCUAUAACAAUGCAGAAUGGAUUGUCUCUCUUUCUAGUGUUGGGGUUAUUGCCAAUGCUACUCAGGUCUUUUACAUUAUUCUAAAACGAUUCUUACAUUGUAGGAUACAGCCUAAACCGUUUGUUAGACAAGACUGCUGUAAUUCACCAGAGAUCUAUUUUUUAUAUUCUGCUAAUUCUGCACAUGACAUUCAUUAAUGCAUUCAAUGCAAUGAUCUCGUUUGCCACUUUUUUUGUGUAAAUUAUUUGCAAAUUCUGGUAGCCUGUGUGAACUGUUUAUGUCUGGUACAAAUAUGAAAAUAUAAUCUGUGGUAUGGUUGCUUAUGGUGGUGGUGACUGGUCAUAACUGCAGUAUGUAUAAUCCGUCAUUUGAUUCUCAUUUGUAUGUCUUCUAUGAAAAAUCUGUUCUUCCUGCUUAUAUUUUCAUUCAGUUAAUUUUGUUGAAUGAUUCUCCAAUAUAGUACACCUUGCAGGUGCCUGUGUUUGUAUGUUUUUGGAAUAAAAAAAAAACAAUGCACAA